UGAGAUCCGAUUGGUUUUAUGGAGUCUUUUUAUCAUAUUUUAAGGUUUUUGAAGUCUCUUUUGAUGAGAUCUAUUCACGGUUGUGAGAAGCGGGAGCCUUUGAGAGUUUUGGUCACCGGACACUGCAGAUACAGAGACAGAGACAGAGAGAGCUAAAAUGUUUUUCAUCAAAGAGAGCAAAGAUUCAUGCCUCAGUUUGGCGGAACGGGUCGGAUCCGAGGCCAUCACUAACGGAUCCAACUUCGUCUUCUCACCGCUGUCGAUCCGAGUGGCGCUUAGCUUGGCAGCCGUUGGAUCGAAAGCAGCGACGUCGGAUCGGAUGCUUUCUUUCCUCGGAUCCGGAUCCGUUGAGGAGCUCAACGCCGUUUCCGUUCGCCUGCUUGGAACGGUACGGUUAAACGGGACGGAUGAACCCGGUUCGAUCUCGUUUGUGAACGGGAUUUGGGUGGACCGAUCGGUUGAUAUGAACCCGGUUUUUGAGGUGCUCGCCCGAUCGGUCUAUGGAGCUGCUGCCGAGUCAGUAGAUUUUCAGACCAAGUCUAUUGAAGUAGCAAAGGGGGUGAAUGGUUGGGUGGAGAAAGAGACUAAUGGUUUGAUCAAGAAUCUCCUUCCUGAUGACUCAGUGGACAGUAUGACAAGGUUAAUCAUAACCAAUGCACUCUACUUCAAAGGACUAUGGAAACAUAGGUUUGAUAUUUCUAAAACAAGAGAAAAAGAAUUCCAUCUUCUUGAUAGCACCAUCAUCAAAGCACCAUUCAUGACCAGCAAAGAAGACCAGUUCAUCACCUCCUUUGAUGGCUUCCAAGUUCUUCGUCUUCCUUAUCAAAAACACGAAGAUACAAAGAGCUUUUCGAUGUAUAUAUAUCUCCCUGAUGAUCUUUUCGGCCUUCAUCGACUUCUGGAAAAAGUAGCUAAUGAACCAGGCUUUGUAAGCAACCACAUUCCUCUCAGGAGAGUAGAAGUUGGCAGGUUCAUGAUACCAAAGUUUAAGUUCUCAUAUGGUUUUGAGGUGUCUAAAGUUUUGAAGAGUUUGGGAUUGGAACUUCCCUUCAGUGAAAAUGCUGACUUUUCUGGCAUGAUUUUGAGUUCAUCUUCUGCUGACAAGUUGUUUAUAUCCAGUGUGUAUCACAAGGCUACAAUUGAAGUGGAAGAGGAAGGAACUGUGGCUGCUGCUGCAACUGGUUUGGUUGCUAAACUAAUGUGUUAUGUUCCUCCUGUGAACUUUGUUGCAGAUCAUCCUUUCAUGUUUGUCAUUAGAGAGGAUGUUACUGGGGCACUGCUCUUCUUUGGGGUUGUUGUUAAUCCUUUACUUUCUGCUGAUUAGAUUAAAACAAAAAUUAAGGAAAUAAAUAGUUUAUGUUUGAGUUUGAUGAGGAGACUUACACUCAAUAUUCUCCUAUGUUGUUAUGAAUCAGUAAAUUAUAUGUAGCAACAAGUAUAUGUAGUCACUUGUACUUGUUGAAAGCCUUAUAAUAUGCAUUAUGUUUA